AUGGAUGGUGGUAUUUUAUACAAAAAUGGCAUCGGAGAUUACACCUCUACGGAGACAAACGGGAGAGAUUCUGGAAGGCAGCUACCCGGUUUGGAGCUGGCCUACCGGUCUGUCCUUCGAGCUGUCGGCGAGGACCCCGACAGAGAGGAUCUGAAGAAGACCCCUCAUCGAGCGGCGAAGGCCAUGAUGUUCUUUACCAGAGGCUAUCAGGACCAAAUUGAAGAUGUGUUGAAUGGUGCAAUAUUUGAGGCUGACCAUGACGGGAUGGUUGUAGUAAGGGGCAUCGAGAUGUUCUCUCUAUGUGAGCACCAUCUUUUGCCCAUUGUUGGGAAGGUUUCUGUUGGUUAUCUACCCAAAAAGAGUGUGCUCGGAUUAAGCAAAAUAGCAAGGAUAGUCGAGAUGUACAGCAGGAGACUCCAAGCCCAAGAAAGGUUGACUAAAGAAAUAGCCCUCGCAGUGGCUCAGGCUAUUGAUCCGGCUGGUGUAGGCGUCAUCGUCGAAGCCACGUAA